AUGACCGAUGCAGGCGGUCUUUUCGGCUUUGUCCGCCUGGUCUCCAUGGCUAUGUGGGGACAACAGUUUUCCGACUCCCUCUUAGAGCAGGUCAAUCGCGAUCGGCACAACCUCAUCCCGCUUUCGAGCUCGGGUGAACCCAUAUUAGAUCACUCCCACCAUACCCGUCCCCCAAUCACCGAUGCGCAGCCCGUCGUGCGCCCUGAUCAGCCCAGUGGCAUUUUCUUGCGCUUUACCGCUGCCAAUGUGGCUGAGCUGAAGGACCUCGCUAGUCAAUCUAUGAUUUCAUACCCAGAGGGUGUCCUACAUCACAACCGAUGA